AUGGAGCAAGCAGGGUACUGUAUGUGGUCUAAGCGAAAACAUAGUUUGAAUUCUCAUUUUCAAUCCUCAAAUACAUAUGAUGAUUCAUGGGAAGAACAAGCUUUUGCAGAAGAUGCAGCGGGGUCUUUAGGAGGGUGCACAUGGCCCCCAAGAUCUUAUUCCUGCAGCUUUUGUAGAAGAGAAUUUAGGUCAGCUCAAGCGCUAGGUGGUCACAUGAAUGUCCACAGGAGGGAUAGAGCUAGGCUAAAGCAGUCUCCCAGUCCUCAAAAUGAAAUUCAUCAUCGUGAUCCAUACCAAAAUAACCAGAGUCACCUGAAAAGUCCCUUUGCAUGUUUGAGUUUUCAGUACCCACCUCAAGUUUGUACCUUUGUUUAUAACCCUAACCCUAAUUCUGAUUUGGGUACUAUUGCAUCACCAUCCUCACCAUCUAGGGUUUCAGCUCCUCCUACCCAAGAGAAUUGUUCGGAAAAGACCCUUUUCCCUCCUUUUACUUCUCCAAUAGUUCAAGACCGCCACAAGAGGUCCCCUAUUUCUUCCCCUCAAUCACGGUCAAACUCAGUAGCAGAGAGAUGCUACCACACCUUUGAUCUAACGAACGAAGGAGAGAAGAAUUCUAUAAUCCAAGAAGCAGGAUGUAGGCAUAAGGUGGAUAAUUUGAAAACUGAUUUAUCUGUCAGCUUGAAUUUGGUUGUCCGACGAUCAUACUCAAAUUUAUCUGAUGAUAAGGAGGAGGCUGUUAGUUGCAAGAGAAGGAGAACAGAAGGAUCAUCAUUGCCUUUCUUCCUGAAGCCAGGUUCAAUUGAUGAUAAGCAUGGCCUUCCAUCAGAAGAACAUGAACUCGGUCCCAGCUCAGUCGAGGACUUAGAUCUUGAGCUCAGGCUCGGUGAACCUCCCAAGGUAAAGUAA